AAUGCCAUCCGUCGCUGCUUGGUCGCCUGGAUAUCCAACAUGAACCUGGAUGUGGUUACAGCUGAAAUAUUGUCUGAGUGGAAGUGCCAUGAGAGCGCCUUUGGAGAAAACCAAGAGUCACCUCAGCCCACUUCACCUGAGUCACAGAGGGCCUCAGUGUGCUCUUCACCGGAGAUCCGAGAAGUGACUGCACCACCGGCGCAAAGGCAAGGCAAGCCAAAGAUGUCCACCAAAAGACGCAUGAAGGCCAGCGAGCGGGAGAAGAUGCGGAUGAGGAGCCUCGCAGAGGCUUUGCACCAGCUUCGGGACUACCUGCCGCCGGACUACAGCAAGAGAGGGCAGCCCCUGACCAAGAUACAGACGCUCAAAUACACCAUUGAAUACAUUAACAAGCUUGCAGACCUCCUGAGCCGCACGUAA